UCAGAGUUCUCAAAACAUUUUGGCGAGCUCUGGUUGGCUUGAAACGGGCUGGUCAGGAGGGAGAGAUAUACUGGGGGCAAAAACCUAAGCCUUAUUUUUGUAUCUAGUGAGUGCGGGAGAUUUCAGAGCCGGCUUGUCUUUACUGCAACCGACAUCCUUAGCAAAAGAACCCUUUGCUUUAACCAGAUGGAGUCGAGGGCUUUUCUUUUCUAAGGGUUUGGAUUGGGGCACAUCCGACAAACUGGUUCUGCCAGCUGAUUCCUCUUGCUGUCUCUACCAAGACUGGUAAAGAUUGUUCCUAUCUGGCUGCUUCUUCCUCUUCUUGUAAGGGAUGAAAUGAGGAUGGUUAUCAUGCCCGGGUGUUAAUUUCUCAAUUCCUUAAGGUUAUUGUCCCAUUAAAGACAGAACUGCAUAUUGAUGAUGGUGUCCUGCUACGCACAAUGUUGGGAACGCCAGGGGCUAACCGGUCUUUGUGAAUGGGGGCUGAAUGUAGUUCCAUGUACGGUGCAGGUCAAGAAGGGCCUACUUGGAGAACAGGCAUCUGCUAAUCCUUGUGGCUUCUCGUACCAAUGGGCUGCUCUCCAGGCCGUGCCACUUCUUCCGCUCUCUGCCAGCGGGAGAUGAGCAAGCGAGUUACCUAGAUUCAUGGGGAAGGCAAGGACCCGUCUUCUCCUCAGCCUUCCCUCACACGUCUCUUUUCCAAACCUGGCCAAGGGAGAUGUCUGUAGAAGUAGUGGAAGAUGGGUGGACUGCCUAUGCUGAGUUCACUCUCUGUCUCUGGAGACCUCCGGAUGUCAUAGUUUGUCCACAAGGGCUAAGUUGCAUGUAAUCGUGGCCCGUCUUCACUUACAACCACAAUUGAACCCAAAAUUAGUACCUCCCUUGAUCUUGAUUGUAUCCUUCUGUAAACACAGUUUAGGAUUGCGUUGGCUUUUUGGGCUGCUGCUGAACACUGCUGGCUCCUAUUUAACUGGUUGUCCACUAAGACUCCAAGAUCCCUCUCAGAGCCUGGUUUCACCCAGUCUGUAUGUAUACUUUGCUCGUAUGCUUGUGGCCAGUGGGGUGGGGGAUUUUACCAUUUUUGUUCUUGUUAUACUGGGCUUUUUAUUGUCUGUAAGCCAGUCAGAGCCACCGACUGUGAGUGGGCGGCCAUAUAAAUCCUCUGAAUGUAUAAAUAAAAUAAAUAAAUAGAAGCGUAUCAGGGUCUGGGUGCGUUUGCCAGCGAUCGUGGGCGAUGAUGCCAAGCCAUGAAUAAACAUGCCUGAUUCUGGGAGGCUGCAGCCGGAGGAAGAGCAGCACUGCCAAAACCAGUGUGGCUGACUCUGCUCAACACAAGGGCAGACACAGCCAUCCCAGGUGGUCCUCCUCGAAUUAUGACCUCAGUUGAGCCCAUCAUUUGCAUUGCUUAUUAAUUGAGUUUGACCCCAUUUUCCAUUAAGUGAAUCGCUGUAGUUGUUAAGUUAGGAACCUGUUUGUUAAGUGAAUUUGGCUUCCCCAUUGGCUUCGUUUGUCAGAAGGUGGCAAAAGGGAAUGAAGAAGAGACUGGUCAGCCAUUUGUUUGGAAUGGUAUAGGAUUUCCUGUCUGAGCAGAGGGUUGGGCUAGAAGACCUCCAAGGUCCCUUCCAGCUCAGUUAUUCUAUUCUAUUCUAUUCUAUUCUAUUCUAUUCUAUUCUAUUCUAUUCUAUUCUAUUCUAUUCUAUUCUAUUCUAUUCCCAUUCCCAUUCCCAUUCCCAUUUCCAUUCACCAGUGGAACAACUUGCUUCCAGAUGUUGUGAAUGCUCUAACACUGAAGGUUUUUAAGAAGACUUGACAGCCACCUGUCUGUUCUGCCCCACCCCCCAGAAGACACACGAGCCGACUGUAUUUGCCAGCAAUUUAUUCUUGCUACAGAUAUCAGCUCUGGCAAUGAACCUGCGAUGGCCUGCCAAGUCCUCCUUAUCAAUGCUACUGCGGUCUGUUGCUGGAGCAACCCAGAGCUCAGAAGUAAACAGAAGUCCAAAAAGCCAAUUCCUGAAUAAAGUAGCCGAAGUUUCCAAAAGUCCGUCUUUGUCCAUCACGGAGCGCAAAGGCAGCUCCACCCACUUUUAUACCCUGUGGGGUGUGGCUCCGUGACUCAGCACUCCCUGGGCCGGCCCCUUUCUUUCUUUUGCUGCGCACGCUUCACUCGGCGUCGCUGCCUUGCAUCUAGCCACGAUUGGUCCUCCUCAGCUGGCUCUUGGGGCGUUGCCAGGGGGAAGGAGGGGUCAGGGGAAAUAGGCCGUGUCAGCUCCUCCUCCUCCACCUGGCCUGCUUCUGGAAUCUGGAACGGAGCCAGAGGGGAAGAUUCUGCAGAAGGAAGCCCUGUCGGCUCUUCCCCCUCACGCUCCGAGUCACUCUCUGCCAGGAAGCCCGGCUGGGGCCCCGCAGACACAACACUGUCUGAAAUGGUAUAGGGUCUCCUGCUUGAGCAGGGGGUCGGAUUAGAAGACCUCCAAGGUCCCCUUCCAGCUGUAGUCUGAAUUGAAUGGAAUGGAAAGUGACUGAAAUUUUACUGCCGCCAGGUUUGCCAGAAGGGAUGUUCCUGCCUGGCUGAUCUCAGGAGACCCCUCUGAGUGCGCAGGUUGCCUGGGCAGGUGGGAAGAACUGUUGGGGUCUCCAGGACCCUCCCUGAGCAGAAGCUCUCCCUCCAAGGAGGCUUUGGGGGAAUCUGUCAGGCUGCUGCUGCUGCUGCGUAGGAGGCAGAGGCUUCCGGGGUGGCUUCCAGGGAAGGGAAUUCUAAGCUGCUUAAUCAGAGGGCCUGCCAGCCAUUCCCUUCCUUCCCCACAGCCCCACCCUGGGCAGGGUUUAUAGCCUGGGCUAAGCGCGGUCUGGGCCCCAGGAGUUAUCCGUCUCUGGAUGCCAGGAUGAAGCCAGGGGCCCUCUUGCUACUUGUGGGCUCCGUGGCCCUCUGGACUGGACUGCCGGCUGCACCACCCCGAAGGACUUCUGGACAGCCCCCUCUCCUCCCCAGCGGUGCCCCUUGGGAAGCUCCCCGGGAGAAGAUCUCGCAGAAGGAGGAAGCAAAGCUGGCAGCUGUGGUGGCCCAAGAGCCUGAGGUGGCUCAGAAGAGCCCUUUGUCCCAGGGGAAGGAAAGUGAAGAGCCACAGCCUGGCAAGGAAGGCAGCCUUCGCCCUGAGGCAGCCAGUCCAGCCCCCUCUGGAAAUUUUCUCUGUAAAGAGAAGCCACAGCCGGAAAGACCACCUGUAAAUAACUUGGAAGUUGAAUCUUCUGGGGGUCCCAGACCAGUUGAAAAGCCCCAAGGGGCAUCUGAGAAGGACCCCUCUCUGGACACGCGGACUCAGCUGGGAGGAGCUCCUGUCGAGCCCAGCUCUCUUGGCAGACCGAAGUUGGCUUCCCAGCCAGCAUUGCCCAAUCUGGAAGCCUGGAACCCAGUCUGGGAUCCCAGGAACGUGACCGCAUCUGGUGGGAAGCCAAACACUAACAAAAAGCCCACUUCUAGCACCCCAGGUGACAAACCCACGCCUGGAAUGGGGAAGGCCUCCCCAACAGAGAAGCCGGUUCCUGGUUCUGGACACACCAUCCAGGACAAGCCGAAACCAGCUUCGGCUGCUGGGCAUCACGUGGGCCCCACAUCUGGAGAGAAGCCAGCUUCUAACAGUGGCCCCGAGGCCCAUGGCAGGCCCGUUGCUGGUGAAAAGCCCACACCUGGAGAGAAGCUGGCUUCCCAGGUGGGACACGAGAAACACCCAUCUGCCGACAAGCCGACUUCCUCUGAAAAGCCAGAAGAUGGUGAGAAACUGGAAGCCGAGAAGGAAUCCAAACCUGAGAAAGAAGCUGAGGAGGGGAAGAAAACUGAGGAGGAGGAGGAAGAGGAGGAGGGCCUCUUUGAUGAUGAUGGAGAAGAAGAGGAGGGGGAGAAGGGCAAAGAGAACGAAGGAAGCACCCGCGAAGGAAACCAAGAUGGCGACGAAGCCUUUGACAAGGAACUGGAUUACGGAUUAAACAGGCCCCCCUUUGACGCGUACUCCUACCACGAUGGCUGGAGUGACGAGGGGCCCGAAGAGGCCGAUCUUGGCUUGGUGGGAGAAAUGACAGCUCUUCCUCAGGCUGGGGAUGAUGGGAACAAUGAUGGGAAGCCAACAUUUGAUGCCUGGGGAGACCUUGUGGGAGGGUCGAGGCCCUAACCGGCAGGCCCAGAAGCGCCUGGAAAGGGAUGGAGCCCAGGAAGGGAGAUUCGAAGCACAAUCUUGGGAGCUGGGAGCCUUGAAGCUUUCAUUUUUUAAAAAAUUAAAACUUCUAAUUUCAA